CUACCGCUUCCUGCUUCCGCCGCGGUUCUUCUUCCUGCUGGCGUUCCGGAUCUCUGCUCGCUUGAUCUUCGGAACCUCAGCGCUCCAGGAGUCUUCGCUCCCCGCGCCACUAUUCCCGGGAUCCUGCGCCUGCACUCCGGGAGUCCCCGCGUCCCCGGAGCCCUGAGGCCCCAAGCCCUUCGCCUCGCGUUCUCAAAACCCCUGCGUCCCCGCACGCUCCCCAUAGACCGACCCGGCGGCGACGGGCGCCUCGGUUCAAGGCUCCCAACCCAGCGGAGAGGUCCGCCUGCCUCCGCUCGGUGAGCGCCAUGGCAGCACCGGACCUAUCCACCAACCUCCAGGAGGAGGCCACCUGUGCCAUCUGCCUCGACUACUUCACUGAUCCAGUGAUGACCGACUGCGGCCACAACUUCUGUCGCGAGUGCAUCCGGCGCUGCUGGGGCCAGCCCGAGGGCCCGUACGCGUGCCCCGAGUGUCGCGAGCUUUCCCCGCAGAGGAACCUGCGGCCCAACCGCCCGCUGGCCAAAAUGGCCGAGAUGGCGCGACGCCUGCACCCGCCGUCACCGGUCCCGCAGGGCGUCUGCGCUGCGCACCGAGAGCCGCUGGCCGCCUUCUGUGGCGAUGAGCUGCGCCUGCUUUGCGCAGCCUGCGAGCGCUCGGGAGAGCAUUGGGCACACCGCGUGCGCCCGCUGCAGGACGCGGCAGACGACCUCAAGGGAAAGCUGGAGAAGUCGCUGGAGCACCUGCGGAAACAAAUGGAGGAUGCGUUGCUGUUCCAGGCCCAGGCCGAGGAAACCUGUGCUUUGUGGCAGAAGAUGGUAGAGAGCCAGCGGCAGAACGUGCUGGGGGAGUUCGAGCGUCUGCGCCGCCUGCUGGCUGAGGAGGAGCAGCAGCUGUUGCAGAAGCUGGAGGAGGAGGAGCUGGAAGUGCUGCCCCGUCUGCGGGAGGGCGCAGCUCGCCUGGGCCAGCAAAGCGCUCAGCUGGCGGAACUCAUCGACGAGCUCGAGGGCCGCUGCCAGCUACCUGCACUGGGGCUGCUGCAGCUGUGCAUAGAUUGCCUGGCACUGCAUGUGUGUUUCUCUCUCCCACAGGACAUCAAGGACGCCCUGUGCAGAGUCCAGGAUGUGAAGCUGCAGCCACCAGAAGUGGUGCCCAUGGAACUGAGGACUGUGUGCAAGGUUCCAGGACUUGUGGAGACCCUACGGAGGUUUCGGGGGGAUGUGACUCUGGACCCAGAUACCGCCAACCCUGAGCUGGUCCUGUCGGAGGACAGGAAGAGUGUACAGCGGGGGGACCUGCGCCAGGCCCUGCCUGACAGUCCAGAGCGCUUCGACCCAGGCCCCUGUGUGCUGGGCCAGGAACGCUUCACUUCUGGCCGCCACUACUGGGAGGUGGAGGUUGGUGAUCGAACCAGCUGGGCCCUGGGCGUGUGCAGAGAAAAUGUCAACAGGAAGGAGAAGGGUGAGUUGUCUGCUGGCAAUGGGUUCUGGAUUCUGGUAUUCCUGGGGAGCUAUUACAACUCACCCGAACGGGCCUUCGCCCCCCUACGGGACCCUCCAAGGCGUGUGGGGAUCUUUCUGGACUAUGAGGCUGGACAUCUCUCAUUCUACAGUGCGACCGAUGGGUCAUUGUUGUUCAUCUUCCCUGAGACCCCCUUCUCUGGAACGCUUCGGCCCCUCUUCUCGCCUCUAUCAAGCAGCCCAACCCCUAUGACCAUCUGCCGGCCAAAAGGUGGGCCUGGGGAUGCCCAGUGACUCAGACUGUCUAGGAAGUCCCUUCUCCUCUCCCAGCCCUUUAUCCUGGUUUCUGAGUCUUUACGCCAUUUGGAAGACCUAGGAAGAGGGAUCAUGUCCUUUGAGCAACAGGAGGAGCUCAUAGUGCCUUUCUGAAUGCGUGGCAAAUCCUGAAUUCCAAUACUCUAGGAAACUUUGUGCAAGUGGGUAUGGGGCAGGAUCUUUCCUCCCCACGGGACCCUUGUAGCAUCCGCGGGACCACUGGGUGCUGCUUAGUGCCAACAGCCCUUUCCAAAACCCUGAUCUUGUGGCCCCAGUUGCACUGGCCUGAGGUUCUAGGAGUCUUGCAACCCUGCCAGAAGCGUAUAGAAUCUGGGACCUACUCAAGCUGCAGCUUGGCCAGCCUCCCAAGAUCCCCAGGCACCCCACAUCAAGGAAGAUGCUGGGAAGGGAGAGCUGACUCCAAGCCUAUUUAUGGUCUCUUAAAACUGAAGGACUAGUUAAGAACCCAUCACUACCCUGGGUGUGAUUGCUUCAGAAUUAGAGGACAAGAUCUCUUCCUCAGGGAAGAGAUGAUCUGAGGAAGCCAACAAGGAAGGGAACCGAGUAGGUGUCCCCAAAUAAAGCUGCUUUCAAAAAAUUCCCUGGGUGCAGAGAUUCAUGUUCAGUUGAUGUAUAGGACCCAGAAGUAAAAAUAGGACUCAGAACUGACACUUGCAAACUUGUAGUUCUGUUUUGAAGCUGUUCUGAGCAUAUCACCAGCUAGAACUGCCAGUUGGAUUUGCUCUUGCAAAUGUUCCCAUGGCCUCCGUACUGCCCUCGUGUGGGCUUCCCUGAAUCCAAAACCCAAGGUCUCAACGUCUGCUGAGGGUUCACACAUCCCAGGGGAACUUGAGUGGACCACCAGCCACCUGCCUGUAGUCCUAGCCCAAGGGAGGAGGAAUGGCUGUGGAGAGCCCAGCCACCCAGAAUCUAGGUGUUUGCUUUGUAUUAAGAAGAUACUACUAGACUUCUUUUUAUCCCUCUGUUUUAUUUAUUGUAAAGAAUGUUUCCACAUGAAAUAAACUUUAACCAUUGUCUAUA